CUAAUAUAUAUAUAUAUAAUCUUUUAGAUCAAACCUCCGAUUAAGAACAUCUGUGAGAAGAAAUCAACACAAACAGAUUGAUAAAACAAAGAAAGAAGCAAAUCAAACAUUUACUUAAUAAUGGAUGUAUCCAGAUUUGUUAUUGAAGCCUCCGAAGCUGAAUCAAUGGCUAACCAAGCAGGUCUCUCUGUCAAAGAUCUCCUCUCCACCCUCGUUGGAUCCUCCCAGAAGCUCGCCCGAUGUCCAAUCUCCAAUUUCUCCGUCGCCGCCGUUGGAUUGGGCUCCGACGGCCGGAUCUUUCUCGGGGUAAAUCUUGAAUUCCCCGGAGUUCCUCUCCAUCAUUCAGUCCACGCUGAACAAUUCCUAAUCACAAACCUCUCUCUCAAUCUCUCUCCCGGUCUCUCCGCCUUCGCCGUCUCCGCCGCCCCUUGCGGUCACUGCCGUCAGUUCUUGCAAGAGGUUCGCAACGCCUCUAAAACCCAGAUCUUAAUCACAACCGAUGAAUCACCAAAGUUCAAUCCUUUAUCAUUAUUGCUCCCAAUCCCAUUUGGCCCAUAUGAUCUCUUAGAUGAAGAAACCCCUCUUCUUCCUGAACCACAUGAUAAUAGAUUGAAGUUUUUGUUCAUAGAAGAUACGACAAAACCCUGCAAUUUAUCAAAUGGGUCAUGCGAAUUGUACAAAAAGAAUCGACAUUUAUUGAAAGAAGAAGCUCUGAAAGCGGCGAACAAUUCUCACGCACCUUACAGCGGUUCUCCAUCUGGGAUUGCGUUGAUGGAUUGUGAAGGGAGAAUCUAUAAGGGUUCUUAUUUGGAAUCGGCGGCGUUUAAUCCAAGCUUGGGUCCAGUACAGACGGCGUUGAUUUCUUAUGUUGCGUCUGGUGGCGGAUAUGGGUAUGAACGGAUUGUGGCGGCGGUGCUGGUGGAAAAAGAGGCGGCGCCGGUGAUGCAAGAAGACACGGCGAAGUUAUUGCUUAAGGUUGUUUCUCCAAAAUGUCAUCUCCAGGUUUUUCACUGUGUUUCAGAUUCAGAUUCAGACUCCAUCAAAAAGCAGUGAAUUUGAUUCACCACGGUUAACAUAUUAUCUUAAUUAAAUAUUGAAAUGGUUUGAUUAUUUAAAUAAUAAUAAUAAUGUGUUAUAAGAUCUGUUUGCAGUUAUUAAUUAU